AGAACAAAGAAGAAUGGAUGGAGAAAAUUGCUCCUCCUUGACUGAAUUCCAACUCGUGGGAAUUACUAAUAACCCUGAGAUGAAAGUGACCAUAUUCACCUUGUUUCUGGUUGUUUACCUCAUUAUUCUUGUGGCAAAUCUUGGAAUGAUCUUUCUAAUAAGAAUGGACUCCCAGCUUCAAACACCAAUGUACUUUUUCCUCAGCUACCUCUCCUUCUGUGACCUCUGCUAUUCCACAGCAAUUGGGCCCAAGAUGCUGGUGGACCUCUUAGCCAAAGACAAAUCAAUUUCUUUCUAUGGCUGUGCUCUGCAGUUCUUCAUCCUCUGUAUCUUUACAGAUUCUGAGUGUCUCCUGCUGGCAGUGAUGGCCUUUGAUAGGUACAAGGGCAUUAGCAACCCCUUGCUCUAUAUAAUCAACAUGUCCAGCAGGGCGUGCUCCGUGCUCACGGCUGGGGUUUACCUGGUGAGCAUGGUGGAUGCUUCGAUACAUACCAUGUUAACUUUCCGCUUAUGUUUCUGUGGGUCAAAUGAAAUUAAUCAUUUCUUCUGUGAUUUACCUCCACUUUUCCUCCUUUCCUGUUCUGAUAUUCAGGUCAAUGAGCUGGCAUUAUUCACUGUUUUUGGCUUCAUUGAACUGAGUACCAUUUCAGGGAUUCUUGUCUCUUACUGUUACAUCAUCCUCUCAGUCUUAAAGAUCCACUCUGCAGAGGGAAGGUUCAAAGCUUUCUCCACCUGCCCCUCCCACUUAACUGUUGUUGCCACUUUCCAGGGAACUUUGCUCUUUACGUAUUUCCGGCCAAGUUCUGCCUACUCUCUAGACCGAGACAAGAUGACCUCAUUGUUUUAUACCCUUGUUAUUCCCAAGUUAAACCCACUGGUGUACAGCCUAAGGAAUAAAAAUGUGAAAGAAGCUCUGGAAAAACUGAAAAAUAAAAUGCUGUUUUAAACAGUUAAACACACACAUAAAGAGUUGUAGUUUUCCUCAAAUGUAUAGCACAGAAUAAUGUGGUCUGAAAUUCUUUAGUACAAUGAGUGUUUAUACAAAAUCUCUACUCUAGUAAUUAUUAGGUACUUUUCUAAAUAUGCUAUACUUCCUUAUAUGUCUUUAAUUUAAAUACAGUACUCUCUAAUUUUAUAAAACUUUCUGAUCUCCUUAUUAGUGUACCAAAAUUUUAUUUCCAGGACUUAUUGUUUAUUUCACGCCUACUAUACUUUUUAUUUAUUUAUUUUUAUACUUUUAGGUGUUUUGUGUUUCAAUCCAGUGGUUUCUAUACUAAUGAAUUCUAUAAUCCAGUGUAAAUGGUAAACUUUAAUUAGCUAAUAAUUCAAAUAAUUCAUAA